AUGACUCGUAGUUACAAGAGAGCGGGCAGUUCAGCAGACAUUGCAAACCGCUGCUUCCUGGUCAUUCUCUUCACUGGUUCUGUUCAUUCAAGAAGCGUUCGCGAUGUUUUUGAGUCUUUUUUUGGUGGUGAAUCAAACCCCGAGGAUGACAAUUCAAUUCCGUAUAAUGAUGAGGACAAUUGGAACAAGCUUGAGGAGACGGAUCAAUUCAACAACAAUAUCGAUCAUGAAGACAACGAAAUUCCACUUACAUAUGUGAAUCCCCUUACGCAUGAGAAGGAAAGAGAUCCCGCUGAUAAUCGCGUUGGUUACAUAUAUAUAGCAAAGAGCGAUCCUCGCACUGAUCAAGGUUACAAGGCGCUAUUGAAUGAAUUAACUGAUUACCUCAAGAAAUUUGAGAAUCAAGACCACGGUUACGGUCGUGCCACAGCAGGGUACGCUUAUUUACUCUGGAAGUGGUUGGUGCACCACAACCGGCAUAAUGAGUUAAAGUGA